AUGGGGAAGAUAAUGUGGUAUCUGCCUCGGAAAUUCGUCUCUCCACUCGCGUUCAAGAUACUCGUCGGCAUAGAGCUGCCGUUUACAAUUGCAGUCCUUGCUCUGUUUGGCAUUGCGGCCCCAAAUCUAUAUAGGAAAAGGCUGUGGCAAGAUGGCGCCGAUAAUGGUUUUAAUAGCUCCCCAGAUGAACUGGUCUACAGAUUUGCGAAUUACGAGCCAUAUACGGUGCCCAGGCCGUGGACGCAAUUCUCUACCAAUUUCAACCUUGUGAUCUCAGUGUUGAGCACGUUCUUCCUCCUCGCCAAAACGCCGAUGUUUGUUUUGCACGUCUUCUACCCGCCUCUAUCUGUCCUGGUCCAUACCGUUUUGAUAGUACUGUAUUGUGUGUCUGCAGCGUGGCAAGCUGGAAGCGAUACUAGCGAUCCGGGGCACCCUCAAUCCGGCCCUCCGUGCGUGAUUUUCCUGGCUCACCUCGUCCUGGCCAUAAUAUCGUGCUUCCCGACAGAUGAGACCCGUGAAAGACAGCAAAAGAAGCUCGAGAAAAUCAGACACCUCGAAGAACUCAAGUCCCUCAAAUCACCCUGUUAUCCUAAUUUUAUGCAGGGGGAAAAUGGGCUAUUACAGCCGAUCACCCCGCGUACAAUGGCUUUCAACCAAUUGGGAGGCUCAAAUGACCUUCCAUUGCGAACCAAUCCAGCGCAGCCUGGCACCCCUGGCCAGCCGAUGAUGUAUUUCCCGCCGCCGCCAAAGAAAGCUACGACGAAGGAAAAGUCGGUAUUCGCCUGA